AUUUUUCACUUUUCUAAUUUCCCAUGAUUCAUGGUACACAGGCAAGAUGGAGGACUUAGCGGUAGAAGUGUGUGGGGAAAAUGGUGCUUAUUACAAGGCCUAUGUGACGAACAUUCAUGAUGAUGAGGUAACUGUAGCAUUUGAAAAUGAUGAUUUAUUUGAAAGCUGGCAGCCUGAAAGUAAAUUCCCCUUUCGAAGAGUCAGGCUUCCUCCAAUACCAUUAAAGGAAGGAGAAAAAUUAGAAUUAACUGAAGGGCAGGAAAUUGAGGUUUAUUCUAGGGCCAAUGAACAAGAAGCAUGUGGUUGGUGGAAAGCAGUGGUCAAAAUGACAAAAGGAGAUUUUCAUGUAGUGGAGUACCUUGGAUGGGAAACAACCUAUACGGAAAUUGUUCCUAGUGACAGGCUACGUCAUAAAAAUACCAAUUCACCUAUCACAAAGGGAUCCUUUCAUAAGUUUGAAAUGGAUGUACCUGAAGACCUUCGGGAAUACUCCAAACUAGAAAAUGCCCAUAAAGAGUACAAAAAAGCUAUUGGUGCUGACAUUGUUAGGUUUAAUCCAGAGAAAAAUGUUUUAGUGAUAAUUGGAAGAUCAGAAGCCAUGAGGAAAAGAGCAUUGUUAUUGAUAGAAAUGCAUUUUCGAAAUUUACGACAGAAAGUACUGUUAGUCCAUAGAACUGAAGAAGCUGCUCGACAGUUGGAGAACACAAAACUGCAUUCAAACUCAGGGUAUGUGGAAGAAUUCAGUGUAAGAGAUGACUUAAUGGGCUUAGCUAUUGGAGCCCAUGGGGCCAACAUUCAGAAUGCACGUAAAUUGGAUGGCAUUACUGGAAUUGAUUUAGAAGAAUCUACUUGUACCUUUAAAAUAUUUGGAGAGACAGAAGAAGCAGUGAAAAAAGCCAGAAUUAUGUUGGAGUAUUCAGAAGAAUCAAUCUUAGUGCCCAGAGUUUUAGUUGGAAAAGUUAUAGGGAAAAAUGGACGCAUCAUUCAGGAGAUAGUUGAUAAAUCUGGAGUAGUAAGAGUAAAGAUAGAGGGAGAUAAUGAAAAUCAGACUCCCCGAGAAGAGGUUCCUUUUAUAUUUGUGGGAACUGUUGAGAGUAUUACGAAUGCUAAACUUCUUCUAGAAUAUCAUUUAGCCCAUUUGAGAGAGGUUGAAAAACUACGACAAGAAAAACAAGAAAUUGACCAACAGCUCAGGAGUCAAAUGGGCAGCAUUUUGAACUUCCCAGUACCACGAAAAGGAGGUCCUGACAGAGGAUACAGUUCUGAUGUGGACAUUGGUAGAGGAAGAGGAGGACCUCCAAGAGGCCGAGGCAGGGGUGGAGGUCCAGGACAGGGACCUGGUCGCAGAUGGGCAGGAGAUUCUCGCUACAACAACAGUACUGGUACUCAUCCUGCAACUCUCAGUGACUACAUUCCUAAUGACAAAAGAAGUGGUGCAAAUACAAAUCACACUUCUCAGAGGGGGGGGCCUGCAAGUGGCUACAGAGGACGAGGAAAAGGUGGAAACAGAGGAAACACAAAUAGAAAAUAAAAAUUGCAUCCCAGAAAAAGAAACUUCAAUUAAUUGCCCAGCAUCUUUGGUGUGGCAUUUACAACAUCGACAAAGUAUUAAAACAAAAUACAAAAUUUUAAACACAGCAGUUUGAAUAAUGCUGAUGUAAUGUCUUGAUUGUUAAAUCAGUUUUUUUUCUUUUUUUGUAAGUUCUAUCUUUUGCUCUUUGACUGUUUCCUCUGUUUCUUCAGUAGAAUUGAAUUACAAUUGUUUCCUUUAUAAAAAAAAAACAAAUUUAAGUGCAUUUUCACAUAUCAGUUUUUCUAGCAAAGUUAACUUAAAUAGACUGUUGAGUUUUUUAUCCACUGAACUAAGUUUUAAUUAUUUUUAUUAUUAGUUAAUUUGUGGAUCAGCAUAUGCACUUGUUAGAUUAAUGGCAGUUUUGAAAAUCUGAAACAUUUACACCAAAUUGUGGAUUUAAUAAUCCUGGGAAUGUGGAAUAACAUCAAAUUGUAGAUUUAAUCUGUACUUUUUUUUUCUUGCUUUUCAUACAUUAUCUACUUUGUGUUAUAGAAUUUUUUUUUCAAGUAGGUAGCACAUAGUUUGCACCAGUUUAUUCUGACGGGAGUCAAUUAACUAAGCUAUAUCUUUGUUGGUUUCCUGUAUUUUAUCAUGAAUAUUAAGUGAAAAAACAUUUGAAAGAACAUCUCACUGGAAUGAACCAGUGAGUUUCAUGCUCUUACAAAUAUUUGGUCGAUCAGAAAAAAAAAAACUUUUGGUUAAGUCCUGGUCCUUCCCUACUGAUACAAAUUUUACAUUGAAGAUUCUGACAAGUUUUGUAACUUGUCAUUCAUCAUUUGUUCUUUUGUUCAUGUGUGGUUUACAGACUUGUGUUAGGCAAACCGUUAAGCAUGGUUUAAUGGUUUAAAUAUGAAAAGUGUGAAAGGUGAACAAUACCUUUUUGAAUGAUAGACAACAUCAUUGCUGAAAAAACAAACUUGAAGCAGCAAAAAAAAAUAUGAUGUAGUUUUAGUAAUUCUUAUACUAGGUGUAAGGAUGACACUAUAUACGUAACCUUGAAGAUCCUUGAGUUUGAUGUGCAAGACAUACUGUAUUAAGGGAGCUUUAACAUUGAAUAUUCUCUCUCAAGUGGGGCCUAAUAUAGGAUUUAGUUUGGGCAUCAGUGAGAUUGUUAUAGGGGCUGAGCCCUCAGAAACUUUGCAUUUCAUGGCACUUAAGAGGUUGAGAAUAGGUUAAAA